GCAAUGCAGGCCGUGCGCAACUUCCUGUCUCGCGAGCUGCUCGCAGCAUGCUUCUUCGUGAUGCUGCUGUCCUCGGCCCUGGACCAGUACCCGGGCGAGGUGGAGCCGCAGCCGCUGGACUUCGCCUACGAGCUGCGCACCAGCCAGCAGGAGGCGCGCUACAAUGAGACCAAGUCAUUAGUCAGCAACACGGCGCUGUUCGAGGACCCGCAGGCCGAGACGCUCUUCCUCAACAAGGCCCUGAGCGCCGAGGACCUGGCUGUGAGCAAGGACGGAGUGGCCUACGUGGGUCUGGCCGACGGACGCCUCGCCAGCUUCACACCGGCGGCCGACGAGCUCCGCAACUUCUCGAGAACCGGACGCGAAGACCCCGAGUGCGGCACGCUGCCAAUGGAGCCGACGUGCGGACGUCCGCUGGGCCUCGUGUUCGCUGCUGCCAAGCCGUUCGCCAAGUUCCUCAAGAGAAUCCCGGAUGCCAAGACGUUCGCUGGCGACCAGGUGCUGCUCGUGGCGGACGCGUACAAGGGCGUGCUGCUGUUCGACGCCAACGGCAAGCGCACGCUGCUGUUCAGCCGUGUCGGGCAGGAGCACGUCAACUUCCUCAACGGUAUCGCGGUGGUGCAGGAGACGGGAGAAGUCUACGUGACGGAGUCUUCACGUCGCUUCCAGCGCAACCGAGUGGUGAUGGAGUUCCUGGAGCGCAUGCCGACGGGCUACUUGCUACGUUUCGACCCGAGGAGCGAGAGGAUGUCGAUUGAGGCCAGCGGUCUCGGAUUCCCCAACGGCUUGACGCUGGAUAAGGACGGUAGCGGCUUGCUGGUUGCUCUCAUGUUCCAGAACAAGAUCGUGCGCUUCGACUUUAAGACCAAGAGCAUCAAGGACUUUGCCUUCCUGCCCGGCGAGCCUGACAACAUCUCGAUUGAGAAGGUCGGAGCUGAUGACAAUGAGACGGAGGUGCUGAUGGUGGGGCUGGUCUCCCGUAACGACGGAGGAAUCUUCAGCCGCAUCAAGGAGAGCGCCAAGGUGCGCAAGCUUCUGUCGCUGCUGCCGACGUGGAUGACGGUGAUCUUCGUGCACCGCCUCGGUGUUUUCGCUUCUGUGGACUUGGAGACUGGCGACAUCCGCCACGUGUACGAAGCUACGCAAGGCCAGACGCCGAUCGUGUCGGGUGCGUCUCGCUUCGGUGAUCACAUCUACCUGACGAGUUGGGCGCGCCCCUCCAUCACGCGCAUUCCGGCGGCAUUGGUGCAGUAAGGACCCGACUGAUCCUUGUAUUGUACUGUAGCUUUGGUGCGUAGGAGGUGAAGGAGGUGAAGCAUGCGCUAACGACAUCAACAAAUACCGUUCUUGCUC